ACGCACGAUAUCUUAAGGAAGGUAGGCACACCUGGUAAGACUCAGUGGAUGUCGAUGUAACAUGGACCAUGGCAGUUGUAAAGGGAGACGUAUCACCUGUCUGUGUACUACUAGUCAGUGCCAACUAGAACAUCACAGUACCUGUAACACAAGCAGCGUGUGUUACACGCAAUUCCUGGACCGAAAAGACGGCUCCAGCCCUUUGGUUCGAGGGUGCAUCAUCACUAAGACACCCCUUUUAUGUGAAAAUCGACGACCGGCUAUAGUUAGUAACUGGCCAAUCCUGAUGUGCUGUUCAACAAACUUCUGCAACCAAGAAACAAUGGCAACUUCUACAGCCUGGGUUAUGUCAAAACUUCCAAAUACAUCCAUUAAAGAUUCAUCACUAGAAGCAAAUACAACCAGACUAUUGGCAUCGUCAUCAGAAGAUCAGACGCUAAAGAGUCGAAAACAUCAGGAAGUAGACAAUUCUAUUCUUGAUAGCAGCGCCACCAGCGGUGCUACUCCUAACUCCAGGUCUCAUGUGUUUAGCCCUGUUUUUAUCGGUAUCCUUACCCUGGGAAUUUUUUGUGUUUGCGUUAUCGGUCUUGCAGGUAUCUUCAUUUAUCGACGACAUGAUUAUGUUUUAGGAGAUGAUUUGAGCACAACUCAGUGCUUUCAUUAUCACAAACCUGACCGCCAGUCAACAACAGAGGGGAUACAACAAGAGAUUCCUUUGUCAAGACAUACUAAUAGUGUGUUCGAUAAUAGAGUUAUACAAGAUACAUAG